CAGCAAAGAUCUGGUUAGUGUGUCUCUGGCCUCCUCUCAGCGAGUUCGUCAACGGGACUCAGCUGGGCACACUCCCCGUCCCUGGUCUUAUCUAACCUUCUCAGCCACAACUUCUCUCCCAUCCAACGUACUCCUGACCAUGAUUUUCCAUUCCUAGUUCUUCUUCUUUCCUUCCUCGUUUCCUGGGCACGUUAUCGUUUUCUUUUCUUAAUCACAGUCUCAAGCGCUGCUCUCGUUCCCACCCUUCACCUCUGAUUUAAAGGGACUCCUCGUGCAAUUCAUAUACGAGAAUAAUUUUAAGAUUUCUGCUUUUAACACGAUUUCUGGUGUGGCCCUUCCCUCUCCGUCCCCGCUGAGUGAGCCUGCAAUUUUUCCCGACCUGGACUUUCCUCGUUGAACUAGUGCCCUUUCCUCCCAUCCUUUUCCAUCUCUUUUUCUUCCUCCUCCUUCUCCUCCUCCUCUCCUCCCGCAAGUGAAAUGGGUGCCGUCAAGAAGACUCGGUGUGGAAUGGUGCCAGCGCGGGUAUCCCUCGCGUUGCUCACCUCCAUCGGGGUGGUGGUGCUGUACGUCCUUAGGAUCAACAUGUCCGUCGCCAUCGUUGCCAUGGUCAAGCCUGUCCGCUCACGAGAUGCCUUCAAUGCCAGCAGAGGAGCAGUCUCUAAGGCCUACUGCUCCUCCCUCACCGCUGCCUCCAAUGUGAACGCAACGGCUUACGAAGACUAUGGGGAGUUUGGGAACCUUGGCUUUAAUGCAACGGAACAAGAUGAUUGGGACGAGAGCGAGGAUUCAGAUAAGCUUGCCCUCACCAGCACAGAGAGAGGGAUGGUGCUUGGUGCCUUUUUCUACGGGUACUUCGCCACAAAUAUUCCCGGCGGGCGGCUGGCGGAGGAGUACGGCACGAAGAGAGUGUUUGGGGGGUCCAUUCUCAUCUCUGCCCUGCUCACGCUGCUCAUCCCCGUGGCUGCCAGGGAGAGCUACAUCUUCUUGAUCCUGCUCAGAGUCAUCAUCGGUCUAGUCAAUGGCGUCGUGUAUCCAGCAAUGAACGUGAUGGUUGCCCGCUGGAUUCCACCCCUUGAGAGAGCCCGCUUUAUGUCCGUCUCCUAUAUGUCGAAUUCUUUGGGCACCAUUUUGACGCUGCCAGUGUGUGCCUUGAUUGCCGACACGAUGGGGUGGCCUGCCGUCUUUUACAUCACUGGCGGGGCGUCGCUGUUUUGGGUGGCGGCGUGGCUCCUUCUAAUGCAUGAUACCCCCGAGGAGCACCCGAGGAUCAGCCCCGAGGAGAAGAAAUAUAUCCUGGAGGCCAUCAAAGAGGAGCAGAGCCAGGCCAAGCCCACCCAGACCCCGUGGUGCACUAUUCUCUGCAGCCUUCCGCUCUGGGCUAUCACAAUUGCUCACACUGGCUGUAUGUUCGGCUUCAACCUCCUCCUGACGCAGCUUCCCUCCUACAUGGACAGCAUCCUUGGCUUCUCAAUCACCAGCACCGGCCUGCUCUCCUCUCUGCCCUUCCUCUCGCAAUUCCUGGCCGGCAUCGUCUCGGGGGUCGUGGGAGACUGGCUGGUGAGCAGCGGCCACAUCGGCGUGCACAACUCCAGGAGGCUCUUCUGCACCAUCUCUGUGCUCCUGCCGGGACUCCUGAUCGUGCUGGUGGGCUACAUGGGCUGCAACACGACCAUGGCGGUGGUGGUCUUGUGCCUCAGCUCGGCCUUCGUCGGUACCAUGUGCUCCGGCCAGCUGGCGAACACUCAUGACCUGUCCCCGAACUAUUCAGGCACCAGUAUGGGAAUCAGCAACACGUUCGCCUAUGCAGUGUCCAUGUGCGUGCCAGUCAUCGCCGGUGCCAUGACUCCCGACCAGACGCUGGAGGAGUGGAAGGGAGUGUUCUGGCUGACGGGCGGGAUCCAGACUUUCUGCUGGCUGUUCUUCCUGGUCUUCAGCUCCGUCGAGGUGCAGCCUUGGAAUAACGGCAAACCUUCCUGCGACGAAGAGAAAAUGACGAACGGAGGCGUGGUAGAAGUAAAUAAAGGAGAAGGAAACGUGGAGGAGAAACUUCUGAAACCUGUACGAGUAGAUAAGCCUGAGAUAGUGUAGACAAGGCUUCUGCUUGUAUUGCAUCAGUCUGAAACGCACGAUAUCAUCAACACAUACGAAAAAGAAAAUGACGAAGUGGAAAAUUGGCAAUGUAAAAUGUUAAUGUAAUCUCAUUCAUAUUCAUUACCUAGUUUUGUUUUUUGUUUCUCUAUCUUAUUCCAUUUCAUUAAAGAGUAAAAGUUUGAUGAAA